AAACUAUUUAGUAUGUAGUAAAUAACUGAUAGGCUUGGAGAUUGUGUUUUUUGCGUGUGUUAAUUAACAAAUCCGAUAAUGUCUUGUUUAUCUGCGCACCAAAAUUGCUCUUAACACAAUGUGAAGUUUAAAGCUUAGUGACAGAAUUCAAUAUAGACAAUUUAUACACCUUGACACUUACUAUUUGAUAGUUUUAGUCCGCAAAUUUUUAAAUUUUUUUAGUGUUCCGAUUUUUUUGUGCAGACAAUAAAAUUACAACCAUCAGUUGAGCCGGUUAUAUCAAGGACGCCUUAUUUCACACUCCACCGCAACAGCAGUUUUAUCAAUAAUAAAGCAACUUAUCAGAAUUAUUUCAUGUCCUGAUAGCACACUCUUCAUUACACCAAGCACAGUCCGACAUGUCAUUCAAGCUCGCUGACGUCCCUUCAAUCUACUCCAAGGACCCAAAACUGAACAAUGAAGACGUCGCUAAACUCGCAGAGUGGACGAAAACCCAGCCACACCUCCCCGAACUAGAAGAACUCCAGCUAAUUCUGUUCCUCCACAGCUGCUACUACGACUUGGAGCACGCCAAAAUCACGAUCGAAAACUACUUCACAGCUCGAACCAGCUCAGAUCUGUUCCAAAAUGUGACCAAAGAGCUCGUAACCCGGACCCUAAACUCCUUUUUCAUAGCGUUUUUGCCGCGAAAAACGGCCGACGGUGACGCUGUCAUGCUGAUGAAAAUCCUGGACAGUAGAGCGGAAGUUUACAACUGUCUGGACCACACGAAGGUGGUGGUGGCCCUCAUCACUUUGUAUUUUCACCAGUACGGGCCUGCGGAUGGGUUGAUCGUGGUCUACGACAUGAAGGGCACUUCGAUGGGUCAUUUUUUGAAAAUUAGUUUGUCGGUUUUGAAGCAAUUUACGCAUUUCGUGCAGGAAGCGGCUCCUACGAGGAUAAAGCACAUCCAUCACAUUAACGCCCUUCCUAUUACCGGACGACUGAUGGCUUUAGUCAAGCCGUUCCUGAAGAAAGAACUCUACGAGAAGGUGAAAUUUCAUGCCGAUUCGAUCGAAACGUUUUACGAGUUUGUGCCAAAGGAGUGUUUACCGGAGGACUAUGGAGGCGUGCUUCCGUCUAUCAAAGACCUGAGGGAAAAGAAUGUUGAAAAUGUUCUGAAUAGUUGGGAGUUUUUUAAAUGGCACGAUAAGCAGAAAGUCGACGACAGGAAGAGGGUCAAGAAAGAAAGGGGUUUUUUUGGGAGGAUGUUUCAUUCGUCUUUAUAUUUAGGUGAAUGUGAAAGACAGAAACACAUUAAACUGAUUGCCCUUUUAACCAGGAGGUACGUAUACAGUGUCACCACCAGUGGGAAAAAAAUGCUUCCAAACUCGCCCACCAUCUCACAAAUCUACACCGAAAACCCAACCCUCAAAAAACAAGACGUAGACACCAUAUUUACAUGGCUACAAACACAACCCCACCUACCACACCUAACAGAAUUCCAGAUAAUUUUGUUCCUCCAUAGCUGCUACCACGAAACCGAAGCCACCAAAACCACCAUCGAGAAUUACUUCAUCCUUCGAACGAGCUCGAGUUUGUUUCAAAGCGGCAACGAAGAGCAAAUCCGACGAGUUUUCUCCUCUUUUUUUAUAGGAAUCCUGCCGAAACAAACACCAGAGGGGUUUGUUGUUCUGUUGGUUAAAAUAUUGGACUCGAGUCCCGAUAAGUUCGUGUGUGACGAAGUAAUCAAAAUGUUGAUAAUGGUCGUAUGCUUAAAUUGUCACCAGAAUGGUUUAUCAAACGGACUUGUCAUACUAUACGAUUCUGAGGGAACCGGUUUCGGACACUUGUUUAAGAUGAGUUUGACAGCAGUCAGGCAAGUUCUUCAGUUUUUACAGGAAGCGGCGCCUACGAGGCUCAGAAACAUCCACUACAUUAACGCAGUACCGGUGCUUAAGCCCUUGAUAGCUUUGGCGAAGCCUUUUAUGAAGAGGGAAAUUGCGGAAUCGAUGAUAAUCCACACUCGUUAUAAAGAAUCUUUGUAUGGAUAUAUUCCGAAAGAGUGUCUACCAGAAGAGUACGGUGGAGAACUUGGACCCAUGAUGGAACUACACGACAAGAAUGUGGAGAAUGUUGUCGAACAACACGAUUUUUUUGAGUGGCAUGAUGGUCAAAGGGUUGAUGAAACGAAAAGGGCGGUGAAAGAAAGAGGAUUUUUUGGAAAUUUGCAUUUUUUCGGAAAAUAGGAGGUUUUAUUUUUGACUGACAUGAAGAGAAAAAACACGCCUGGAAUAUUUUAGGGCCUGUAUAUGUAUUUUUUUUUUAA